GGGUAACUCUAAUGGCAUAAAAUCAAUUGACAUGUGCUUCCAAUGUUUUUCUGGAUUAAAAAAGAUGUUUCUUAAGGAAGUUGGCGAUGCUUUUUUAGCUAAUUCAAUUCAAGAACUCAUUUUUGGUUAACUCAGAUUUACUGCCAAGACAUGAACACGGAACAUGUGAAAAGAUUGCAAGAUGAGCAAGAUCAGGCUAUUAAAGUGUCCAAUGAUCAAAUGCAUAAAUGGAAUAAAUUAAAGACUGACUAUGAAGUUCUUUCGAAAAGAUUACUUACUUUACCAGAUAAAACCACACAUGAAGUAAUGGUUCCAAUUGGGUCAAAAGCUUUUAUGCCUGGACAACUUGUACAUACUAAUGAGAUUUUAGUUCUGUUAGGAGAUAACUGGUUUGCUGAGAGGUCUGCAAAGCAAGCAUCAAAUAUAGUAAAGAGAAGAAUAAAGUCAAUUGAUCAACAAAUUAAAGACUUAGAGCAACAAAGGAAUCUUCUUGUAAACCGGACAAGCUUUACAGAUGAAUUGAAACAGCUCAGUGAAGGAAAAGAUGGUGUUGUUGAUAUCAAUGAAAAAUAUGAAGAAGAAAAAGAGAGAGAGUGGAACAUUCAGCACAAAGAAAACGUGAAGAAGUACAGAGAAAAGUUAAAGGAAGACAAAAUGAAAUCUGAAAAGAAAAAAGCUGAAGAUGAUCAAGCGUUUUGGGAUCGUCUUGAAGAACUAGAAAAUCAAGAAAGUGAAAGGAAGGAACUUGAAACAGAAGAAUUCUUUCAGGAAGCAGUCCAAGAACCAUCUUCAGCUUUACCUGAAGAUUGCAACUUAAAUGCAAAAGAUACUAAAGAAGCUCAUGUUCAAAUUAAAAAGUCUGUACGCUGGACAGAUGAGAAGAAAAGUAGUAGUGAAGAGGAUGUAAGCAGUAACUCAGAUAUGGAUGAUGAUGCAACAGAAUGUAAAAACGAAGAAAAUUGUCUUGUCAUAAAGUUUUCUCAUUCUCCAGUAAAACCAAAAGUUGAAAAGCUACAGUUCAUGGAUACAACUUCAGAGCAACUUAAAUCUCCAAUUUGCAGUCCUACAGAUAUUUAUAAAAUGUUUCCAUCACAACCGAAAUCAAUAUUGAAAUCAAGAACCAAUGACAAACCGUCAGCAAAUAAGGAAGAAACCCACAGUACAACUGGUUCCGAAAGGACUUCUGCCAGCGAACAAACCAAUUCAGGAUCUUACCCAGCCCCUCAGGCAUUUACCAGUACUGUAAUUGAAAAAAAUGAAAGCGUCAACCAAAACAGCACCAGUCCAGAUGAAACUCAACAACCCAAAAGGAUAUCCAAAUUUAAAGCUUCUCGCCUACAAAGAUAGAAAUCCCAACUAAUAACUUGUAUUUAAUAAAAAAAAAUUUACAAAAACA